AGGGCCGGGCCGGCGGGCGACAACGGGCCUCGGGCGCCCGGGUGGAGCGGCUCUGGCCCAGCCGGCCGGGGUCGGCACGGGGGCGGGAUGAGGACUCGGGCCCUGCGGCCUCGCCUAGGUCACACUUCGGCCUCCGCGCGCAGGCCCGUAGCGUAGCCGGGCGGAAGCGCGAACAUCGUUCCCUCUCCCAGUUUCCGGUUAUCUGAGGUGUCCCAGGCGCUCCUCCUCCUCCAGGAAGUCCUCCCAUUGCCACCGCCCUCUUUAACCAUCCGCAAUCUUCAGUGUUCAUGUCUGUCCCCAGAAGGUUUCAUUCAUUCAUUAACUGCUGGUUGUCCGCUCCACUUGGCCGUGGGCGCCAGGAACUGCCCGCAGGUUCGCCAACACAACCCAUGAGAGCGUCAACUUCACCCUUCACACUACCCUGGGUGCCACCACGAAGCUGGUGCUCCCGACACCUGCCAAGCCCAUCCUUCCAGUGCAGACAGGGGAGCAGGCCCAGCAGGAGGAGCAGUCUAGUGGCAUGACCAUUUUCUUCAGCCUUCUCGUCCUAGCCAUCUGCAUCAUCCUGGUGCACCUGCUGAUCCGGUACCGACUGCACUUCCUGCCUGAGAGUGUGGCUGUCGUCUCUCUAGGUAUUCUCAUGGGAGCAGUUAUAAAAAUUAUUGAGUUUAAAAAGCUGGCAAAUUGGAAGGAGGAAGAAAUGUUUCGCCCCAACAUGUUUUUCCUUCUCCUGCUGCCACCUAUCAUCUUUGAGUCCGGUUAUUCACUGCACAAGGGGAACUUCUUUCAGAACAUCGGCUCCAUCACCCUCUUUGCUGUCUUUGGAACGGCGAUCUCUGCUUUUGUAGUAGGUGGAGGGAUUUACUUUCUGGGUCAGGCUGAUGUAAUCUCUAAACUCAACAUGACAGACAGUUUUGCAUUUGGCUCCCUGAUAUCUGCGGUUGACCCAGUAGCCACUAUCGCCAUUUUCAAUGCACUGCACGUGGACCCUGUGCUCAACAUGCUGGUGUUUGGAGAAAGCAUUCUCAACGAUGCAGUCUCCAUUGUCCUAACCAACACGGCUGAAGGUCUAACAAGAAAACAUAUGUCAGAUGUCAGUGGGUGGCAGACGUUCUCACAGGCCCUCGGGUACUUCCUCAAAAUGUUCUUUGGCUCUGCGGCACUUGGCACGCUGACUGGCUUGAUUUCUGCAUUGGUGCUGAAGCACAUUGACCUGAGGAGAACGCCUUCCCUGGAGUUUGGCAUGAUGAUCAUUUUUGCUUACCUGCCGUACGGGCUGGCAGAGGGGAUCUCACUCUCGGGCAUCAUGGCUAUCCUGUUUUCUGGCAUCGUGAUGUCACACUACACACAUCAUAACCUCUCCCCAGUCACCCAGAUCCUCAUGCAGCAGACCCUCCGGACUGUGGCCUUCCUGUGUGAAACGUGUGUGUUUGCAUUUCUUGGCCUGUCCAUUUUUAGUUUCCCUCACAAGUUUGAAAUUUCCUUUGUCAUCUGGUGCAUAGUGCUGGUACUGUUCGGCAGAGCCGUCAACAUCUUCCCUCUGUCCUACCUGCUGAACUUCUUCCGAGAUCACAAAAUCACCCCCAAGAUGAUGUUCAUCAUGUGGUUCAGUGGCCUUCGAGGGGCCAUCCCCUACGCACUGAGCCUGCAUCUGGGCCUGGAGCCCAUGGAGAAGCGGCAGCUCAUCGGCACCACCACCAUUGUUAUCGUGCUCUUCACCAUCUUGCUGCUGGGCGGCAGCACCAUGCCCCUCAUCCGCCUUGUGGACAUUGAGGACGCCCGGGCACGCCGCAGGAGCAAGAAGGAUGUCAACCUCAGCAAGACUGAGAAGAUGGGCAAUGCCAUCGAGUCAGAACACCUGUCAGAGCUCACUGAGGAGGAGUACGAAGCCCACUACAUCAGGAAGCAGGACCUGAAAGGCUUCAUGUGGCUGGACGCCAAGUACCUGAACCCCUUCUUCACACGGCGGCUGACACAGGAGGACCUCCACCAUGGGCGCAUCCAGAUGAAAAGCCUCACCAACAAGUGGUAUGAAGAGGUCCGCCAGGGCCCGUCAGGCUCUGAGGACGAUGAGCAGGAGCUGUUCUGAGCCCACAAUGUCUUGGGCCUGGAAGAAGAUGCCUCAUGCAGCCUCCUCAGAACACAAGAUGGUAGGUCAAGGGCUAGUCCUAGCUAGGAAGCUUCAGGCCUUUGGAGAGUACUGGCUUCAGAAAUAUGAUCGGCCUCCACGACUCACGGGACCAGACCUGCCUGCCCCAGUGUUGUUUCUGGGCCUACAGAGGAGGGCAGCAGCCAGCCCCCUUUCUGCUUCUGUGCCAGGCCACAGAGAACACUUGGCAGGCUGGCUUGCUCAGCUCACUCUGUGCGUGGGCCACACCUCCCUCACAUCUCUGGAGCAGCUGCUGGCAGGCACAUCUGCUCUUUGUCUCCGCGUUGUCAAGGAGCCUUGGUGGCGGUGGCGGCGGCGGCGGCGGCAGCAGCAGCAGCAGCAGCCUCAACCUGGUGCCAAGGCCAAGAGAUUCUGAAAGCCUCACACUCCCUGUCCUGUGUCCUGUGUUCCCAAAGAGAAAGGCUAAAGGACCUUUUUUUUUGACAUGAAACUGGCACCUCUCAGCCUGCCUUUGGGCAGGCAGCUGCAGCCCUCCUGUGGGCAUAUUGCAAAUGUUUACACUGGUACCUGGCAAGGGUCAGCCUGCUGCAGGCUUCUAGGAAAGGUGUUGGCCUAUCCCCUGGUUUUGGAAUACCCUCUGAAGAGACAAAGGGGGUCUUUAGACCCUGUAAGCACAGGGUCCUUGGGGGUACCUUUCCUAAGUGUGGGAGCCACCUCCACAUCCUCUCCCCUCCACCAGUCUCCUCCUUCAUUCUUGGCCUCUGCCCAGAGGCCUCUUACUAGACCCUAUAGUGUGAAGCUCCUCCCACCCAGCUGCUGUUGAGAGCCCAGCCUUUUACCAGUUCCCGGAGCUUGGGUCCUCUGCCCUCCAUGCCUGGCCUCGGAUCUCCAAGACACUGGGACAGUGGCCAUAGCACAGCGCCUGAGACCAGGGUUCCCCACUCCAAUCAAUUGCCACUUGGGAUGCCGGUGACUUUGGGUCACACAGACACACUCCCGUGCAUGUCUCAGGCUAAGGCACACCACAGGCAAUGGUCACUGCCUGAUGUCCUUACCUGCCCUUUUAUAGCUGCUGCAGUCUGCCCAUCUGUGGCCCUUCAGCAACUACCCAUGUGGCCCUAGGCCGUCCUUGCGCCCCUGGUGGCAUGGUUGUUGUGUAUGGCCUUGGCUCACAAUGGGGGCACAGUGGGUCUGAGUGGGUUUUUUGCAGGUAUUUUGCACCUCAGGGGCUGUGGUUCUGAUGUUGGCAGAGGGCCAGGCCUCUGAGGCCUCCACCUCACUCUGCUGCAGAAGGUGGCCAAGCUGGAGGAGGCAUGUAGACUGCUUCUGUACAUAAGGUCACUUGUCUUUGGUGCAGCCAAGCUGGGUCCUCUUCCACCCAUGGCCUUGUGGGAUUGGGAGUGGGGCUGGGCUCGGGCUCAUCUCUGAGAUGGAAGCUGCUUCCCAGCUCAGUACUUGCCAAGAUUUCUUUUUAACCCUUAAAUUCGUAGAGGAAGCAGUGAAGCUUCGGGUGUCAUUCACUGGCCCCUUGUCACCAGGCCUCUCGGACAUACCAUUCUUGGCCUCCUGCUUUUACCUGAGACCUGAAGUGAGCUUCCGGGAGCUUGGUGGGAGGGCUGCUGCACCAGCCCUGCAUGUCAGUAGGCACCUCUGCCCCUUCCCGGGGACUGUGGGCUUAGCACCUGGGAGUGUCCAGCCUUCCAGGGCCCACAGCCAGGGAGCAAAGCUCUAGAGGGGAUUUCUCAGAUGAGAGACCAGGUGCUGCUGUCACCUCCUCAGACCUGCUAGUCCUGUCGUGUGCAGCGGAGAAUGUGUGCGUGGUAGAUGACCCAGUUGUGCGGGCGGCAGAGUUCAGUCUAGGCCAAGGGACAGGCCAGCAGGGCACAUGGAAGGUAAUGCUUCAGAGUGAGGGACAUGGGGGCCCUUGGAGAGCUGGCGCUCAGUGUAGUGGUGGCCCAUCCCUACAGAAUAUAUGAGCCAGUUCUUGGAAUCAGCGACCUGCUUUCUGCAGUGCUAUGGUCACAGGGCUCCCCGAGACAGCCACAUGCAGCAUCUUGGGGUAAAACCUGACAGCCUGAGGGCUUGGUGUGCAGAGUCCUUUCUGUGCAAUAGAAUGCCAAGGGACUGAGCAGAGCCUUCUUAAAACCCACGCUGAGAACUACUAGGUCCACGUGCCCAUGGUAGGUUCUGGGCUGGGUGGCUGCUGCCCAGCCCCCUCCCCACUUAGCUAUGGAGGUACAUAUGGUAGAGGUCAGCUGUUCCUGGCUCCCGUGUGAGGAGGAAUUCAGUAGCUGUCUACCACCCAUGAGGCUUCUAAGAUGCCACAUGGAGACAGGAGCCCUCCCCAUUCUCAGAAAUAGCAGCUUGAUUUCUCUGCUGGCUGGUGCCUAGGAAACCAGGUCCAAGUCCCUGGCUUCUCUCAGGGCCCCAGAGCCAGGCUGUGUUAACUGAAACCGAAUGGUGGGAGGGAAGGCCUUCUGGUGGCCCUGCUGCUCCAUGCUGCCUUCCCACCUGUCCACCCAGUUCCAGACAGGCAGGUGCCAUGGCCCCUCACCCAGGCACAAUCAUGUGCAGUGGUGCUGGGACAGGCCACCCUUGGUGGCUGUGGCCCUGCGCUAGAACCAUGGUAGCAGAUGCUGGGGACUGGUGGAGUCCCCCUGCUUCCACCAGGAGGAGGCUGAAGGCUCUCUUCAUAAGCCUGGGCUCCACUCUUCUCUGACAGUGGAAGGUUUGGGGAGUGCUAGUUUUCUGUUGUGAUUUAGGGAGGCUUCCUGGGGCCUAAGGGAACCUUUGCUGCUUUCUGGGCGGGGCCUGGGCCUGAGCUGGAGCGAACUGUGUCACUCUGCAGGAGCUCACCUUCGCCUGCCACUGAGUGGGAGGUCACGUCACUGGACAGUUAGAAAUAAAACGCUGUGGAGUCAGAGCUGGUCUCUGCUGUGUCAAGUGACUUUGCAAAGCUCCUGGGUGCGGCGGCUCUGGGUCCCCACAGCUCUCCAGGACAGCAGUAGGCAUGUUUCAAGCAGUGUAAUGGUUAGGAGGACAGCCUCUGCCCCUCUGUGAGCCACACACGUGAGGCAGAAUGCUCAUGUCAACCAUGACUUCCUCCCAGGUGCCAGGAAUCCAGUGCUCCAGGCCUCUCAGGGCCUGCUGCUGGCUGAGUGCACAUUGGUUUUGACAACUGUCUACCUGCAGAAAAACGGAAAGCUUCUCCAUUAAAUCCACACAGCUGAGGAGCCAGAGCCUAUCUAGUCCUCGGCUCACAAAGGGAGGCCUUAUUAUGUAAGGUCCUGCACAUACAUGCACACACGGGGCAAAAGCCCUGAGACUCCCUCACCCCCACCAGCACCCAAGAGAGUGAAGUGGCAGCCGUAUCUACCUGGCUGCCAGCCACAGGCUGGAGAUGCACCAAGGGUGCAAGGACAUGAGGAAAAGCUGCCUGAGUGUGACAUCUCGCUGUAAUUUAACUAGCUGAAGUCAGGGGACACUGGUGAACUACAGACUGAAUUCUCAGGAUGCCCUGACCUUGAAGAUGGCUGGGAGUUUUUCUGAGUAGUGCCAGCCUGGAGGAAAGGGCUCAGUCCCACUGGAAGACAGGACCUGGCAACUCCAGAAAAAGCCCUCAAGGUAGAGGGGAGAAACAGGAAGAAAUAACUUCCUCAGAGGCCAGAAGCUGUGGAGAAAAGGGUCCCAGAGCCCCUACCUAUCCCAGAGACAUUUUAGUGCACACUAAAAACAUGCUGUAUUGGGUGUGGUGGUGCAUACCUUUAAUCCCAGCACUGGUAUGGUGAUAUAUUGUAUACCCUAAUAAACUUCCCUGAGGAUCAGAGGACAGAGCCGGCCACUAGAUUAGACACAGAGGUCAGGCAGUGGUGGCACACACCUUUAAUCCCAGCACUUGAGAUCACAUGCCUUUUCUUGGGAAGCACACACACCUUUAAUCCCAGGAAGUAAUAUGGCAGGGCAGAGAAAGAUACAUAAGGCGUGAGGAAACAGGAACUCAGUCUCUUUAGACUGAGGAUUUCGUAGAGGUCAGAACUAGUGGCUGGCUGUUCUGCUUCUCUGAUCUUUCAGCUUUCACCCUGA